AUGAACGUUCUGGAGGACGUCCUGUUCCAGACCCUGCUGGGUCCGCUGGAGGAGCAGGCGCAACGUGUGGAAGCUCCGAGCAUCACCGUGCCAGACUGCCAGCAGAUAAUGCAAGACACCAAGUAUGAAUUCAGCCUGGAGAGGUGGAUUUUAAGCGGGCAGCCAGCAGCCUGCCAGGCGCCGUCCUGCCCUCCUUACUGGCUGAUGUUCAGCAGCCCCCAGGAGAGCCGCAGGGUGGGACACCGGAGCGGCGACCAGUGGCCCCCGAACCCCCGGCCCCGCAGCCACAGCCUGAACUCUGCAGACAUUCGCCGGAUGCAUUAUCGCACCGUCACCUUUCGCAUAUCCGACUCCGGUGAGGAGGACGGCUACUCCGAGGACAACGAAGGGUCCUCCACCGAGGACGCGCCCCGCCGCGUCAAGAGCAGGGAGCGGCCCCGCAGCGCCGCGCCCAAAGACCCCCUCUCCAGGGUCAAAGACCUGCACCCGGGCCCUUCCUCUGCCCACUGUAAGCCCGACUCGCCUCAGGUCCUCAGAGGCAACAGAGGUUCCUCCUCACUGUCGGACUGCAGGCAGCCUCUGCGGGCGUUGGACCGGCAGCAGCAGCUCAGCCCCCUGCCCGCAGGCCAGAAGAACGCCAAGAAGAGGCAGCGCUCGCUGGCCUCGGCGGGCAGGAAGUUCUCCCAGAACACGCCGCCUGCUGGUCCUCCUCCGUCCAGGGCGCAGCAGCGGCCUUCAUCUGCAGGCCCCGUGGUCAAAAACCACAGGAAGAAGGUCCUGACGACGGCUGGCAACCGGGGAGUCUUCUUCGAUUCUGCUGCAGAGCUUCUGUCUGCGCUCAGCCAGGAAGAGCGAGAGCUCCUGGAAACCAUCACGGAGCGGGGAUACCCACUACGUACCGCGAUUCUGGCGCUGCAGAAGACUGGCUACAGGAGUCCAGAAAAGGUCUUAAAAUACCUGGUUGCCAGCAAUCGUCUGUGUGAGCUUGGCUAUGAUGAAGCACAGGUGGAGGAAGCCUUGGAGAUGUUUCAGAACUGUGAGAGCAAGGCUGCAGAGUUCCUGCGCCUCCUGACUCAGUUCAACGAGAUGGGAUUCCAGCAGAACGCGAUCAAGGAAGUGCUGCUCGUUCAUGAGAAUCACCGCGAGAAGGCGCUGGAAGAACUCAUGACUCGCAUGGCGUAAACGGACCUCCCCCUCCAGAGGAUUUCCAGAUCCACAGUCAACAAAUCUAGAUGCAACUCCAACACAGA